AUGUUCGGGCGCGAUCCGUGGGGAGGGCCGCUGGAGAUCUCCCACGCGGACUCCGCCACCGACGAUGACCGGAGCAGGAACCUGCAGGACCUCGACCGGGCGGCGCUGUCGCGGCAGCUGGACGAGACCCAGCAGAGCUGGCUCCUGGCCAGGCCCGGGGAACCGGGGAAGAAGAAGAAGAAGUACGUUGACCUCGGCUGUAUGGUGGUCAGCCGCAAGCACUUCCUCUGGACCGUCGGCAGCAUCCUUGGUGCCGCCCUCCUCGUCGGCCUCAUCGUCCUCAUCGUCAAGACUAUGCCCCACCACCGCCCCCGCCCCCCGCCGCCGGACAAGUACACGCAGGCCCUCCACAAGGCCCUCAUGUUCUUCAACGCCCAACGCUGUAAAUUCCUGCUCCUCCCCUUCCAUCUUUUUCCUCCUCAUUUCUUCGAUCAGAUUGCAGAGCUCCUUCUUCUGGUUUCCCUCUGACGCGGGCUGAAAUCUGCGAGCAGCUGGCCCGCUGCCGAAGCACAACAACGUCUCCUGGAGAGGGAACUCGGGGAUGCAGGACGGCAUGUCCAAUGGCGGCACGAAGAAGAACCUCGUCGGCGGGUACUACGACGCCGGGGACGCAAUCAAGUUCGGCUUCCCCAUGUCCUUCUCCAUGACUCUGCUCAGCUGGAGUGUCAUCGAGUACAGCGCCAAGUACGAGGCCGCCGGGGAGCUCGAGCACGUCAAGGAGAUCAUCAAAUGGGGUACCGACUACCUCCUCAAGACCUUCAACUCCUCCGCUGAUACCAUCAACGAGAUCGCCGCUCAGGCAAGUCAAUUCCCCCUCCCUGUUCUUCCAAAUCGGCGCAAAAUCAUCGCCGAUCAGCCACCAUCCCCUCGAGUUUCAACACCGGCCGUCGCAGAUCUGCCUGAAAUUUCUCAGUAAAAGCAAAAUCAACAAUCUCCGAUCACCUCUGCAGGUCGGUGCCGGGGACACUUCCAAGGACACAAACCCUAACGACCAUUACUGCUGGACGCGGCCUGAGGACAUAGACUACGAGCGGCCGGUGUACACCUGCCACAGCUGCUCGGAUCUGGCGUCGGAGAUGGCAGCGGCUCUCGCCGCCGCCUCCAUCGUCUUCAAGGAUAGCAAGACCUACUCCGACAAGCUCGUCCAUGGGGCCGCCACGCUCUGGAAGUACGGGCGGAGUCAGAAGGGGAGGUACAGCCCGAACGGCGCCGAUUCCUCCAUUUUCUACAACUCCACCAGCUACUGGGACGAGUUCGUCUGGGGUGGCGCCUGGUUGUACUACGCCACCGGCAACUCCUCCUACCUCGCGCUGGCCACCCAUCCCACCAUGGCCAAGCACGCUGGAGCUUUCUGGGGCGGUCCUUUCUACGGCGUCUUCAGCUGGGACAACAAGCUCCCCGGUGCUCAGGUAUCCUUCUUCUUCUUCUUCUUUUCCUUCUUCCUAGUUCUUCAUGGGCUUCCGACGGUCUCCAUGCUUUUUCUUCUUCAUCGUCGUCUCCAACAAUGGUGGUCCACUUCGGCAGGUGCUGCUGAGCAGGCUGCGGCUGUUCCUCAGCCCGGGGUACCCGUAUGAGGAGAUCCUGCAGACCUUCCACAACCAGACCAGCAUCGUGAUGUGCUCCUUCCUCCCCAUUUUCAACACCUUCAACAGGACGAGAGGUUCGUUCCCAGAGUUUCCGGAGUUUCUCCCCCUUUCUUCUUCAACCAGACUGUGCUUCUUCCUCAUCGUGGAGAAUCUUACAGGAGGACUGAUACAGCUGAACCACGGGGCGCCGCAGCCGCUGCAGUACGUCGUCAAGGCGGCGUUCCUCGCCACCGUCUUCAGCGACUACAUGGAGACCGUCGGAAGCCCUGGCUGGACCUGCGGCCCCAACUUCUACCCGAUCGAGGUCCUCCGUAACUUCGCCAGAACACAGGUCUGUCUCCAUCUCCGCCAUCGCCAUCGCCAUCGCCAUCGUACUUCCGUGAGGAAACAAAUUAGGGUUUCUCCUGUGCAAUUCCCCAAAUCUGGUGCUCGAUCCUGCAGAUCGACUACAUUCUUGGGGACAAUCCGCUGAAGAUGAGCUACGUGGUGGGGUACGGGAAGAAGUACCCGAAACACGUCCACCACCGGGGCGCGUCGAUCCCGAAGAACGGCGUCAAGUACGGCUGCAAAGGAGGGUGGAAAUGGCGGGACACCAAGAACCCUAACCCUAACACCAUCAUCGGAGCUAUGGUGGCUGGCCCCGACAGAUUCGACGGCUUCAAGGACGUCCGCACCAACUACAACUACACAGAACCCACUCUCGUCGGCAACGCCGGCCUGGUCGCUGCCCUCAUUGCCCUCUCCGACAUUCGGACGGGAAUCGACAAAAACACCAUCUUCUCCGCCGUGCCCCCCUUCUUCCCCACCGUGCCGCCUCCUCCCGCAGCUUGGAAGCCAUGA